UUCCUUUUCGUAUCUGUAAAUGCUGCUGGGUGAUUUUCAACGUACCAAUGCUUCUGUUCUCGCUUUGGUUCCUUCUUUUUCUUAUUCCCCUCACCCCCUUCCGCUGUGCUAUCAAAUGUUAAACUUGCUGUGUUGUUGAUGGUGGGGCAGGAAAUUACUGAAGACUGAAAUUACCAAGUAGUUAAUGGCAUCAACAUCUGGCGUUGGUAACAGCUCAAUACUCAUCAAAGAUGUAGCUUCAAACUUUCGUGCAUAUCCUCCUCCUCUAGCAAAAUAUGAGGAAGUUGUAGACAAUUCCCAGCUCUUCAUGUUUACCUUGGAGAAGCUUCACGCAUCUAUGGGUACCAAAUACAUGAUUCCUACUGUUGGAGGAAGAGAACUAGAUUUGCAUCGCCUCUUUGUUGAAGUGACUUCCCGGGGAGGGAUUGCAAAAAUAAUUAGAGAGAGGAAAUGGAAAGACGUAACUUCAGUCUUCAAUUUUCCGUCAACAGCCACAAAUGCUUCUUUUGUGUUGAGGAAGUACUAUGCUUCACUGCUUUACCAUUAUGAACAAAUCUACUAUUUUAAAUCCCGGGAAUGGGACCCUACUGCUCCUGAUGUUUUGCAGAACCAAUCAACCCUGGCAGUUCCUCCUCCAAAAAUUCAGUUUCCACAGUCUUUGCCAGAAAUUCAACCAGCCGUCUUUCAACAGUCAAAUGUUAAUGCUGCUAAAUUGCCUGAAGCAAUGACAACAUCUUCGGCUGGAUCUCCAGUCAUUGGGGUCAUUGACGGGAAAUUUGAAAGUGGCUAUCUAGUUACUGUCACGAUUGGUUCAGAGAAACUCAAAGGAGUACUUUAUCAAGCUCCACAGAAUCCUAUACUGCACGCAUCCCAUCAUAGUGCCCCAGCUAAUAAUACCAACGCUUCUUCUUCAGUGGGUGUUCAUCGUCGGAGACGCAGGAAGAAAUCAGAAAUAAAAAGAAGAGAUCCUGCUCAUCCAAAACCUAACAGAAGUGGGUACAAUUUCUUCUUUGCUGAACAGCAUGCAAGACUAAAGGCACUUCACCAUGGAAAAGACAGAGAGAUUAGUAGGAUGAUUGGUGAACUUUGGAACAAGUUAAAAGAAUCAGAAAAGACGGUUUAUCAAGAGAAAGCCAUGAAAGAUAAAGAGAGGUACAGAGCAGAAAUGGAGUAUUAUAGAGAGAAACUGAAGAUGGGUCAAGUUAUCAGUGACGCUGUGCCCCUUCAGCAACGACUUCCUGAAGCAGAUGCAGACAUGUUGGAUGUUGACUUAAAAACGGAUGAAGCUGAGGCAGAUUCGCUUCAAACUCCAGAGGAGAGUAGUUCCGGUGGAAGUGAUUAUGAAGAUUAUAAUAAUACUGCAGAAAGAGGUUUUGAUAUUGAUUCAUUACCUGUAAUAGGAAUGGGUGCAGAAACAAGCUAUUUGGGUUCGGAAGAUAAGUCAUCCAAAGGGGGUUUUUGAGCUUGUUUAUGGGUGAGAGGAUUAGCAGGCACUGACUUUUAGCAGAGACUUUCUUACAUCAUAAACUAGAAGCUGAGAUAUGAGAUGCAGUGGAGGUUUGAGUUAGGAUUAAGUUGCAGUAAUUAACUGUGAGUGAGUUUUGUCAUUUUCAUGUUUUUAACUUCAAGUGGUUCAUGUUGGCAUCAUGCUAUAUGCAAUAUUUCUAGUGUACAUUUGGCAUGUUGACAUGGAUCUUGUAGCUAAUGAUAGAAUCCAGAAGUUCGCUCAGUCACUCUGUUAUUAAAUUGAGCGUGACCAAUGAAUAAAAUGUUGUCUGCUUAAUUUGUACUUA